AUUGAACGGGAACACCGUGGUCCAUAACGUUGUCAAAAGGAUCAGAUUAUAAAAUUCUUCAGUUUCAAGUUCAGUUUGCGUGUAUCUUCACUGACAAGAUCAGAAGAGUGAUUUCGACCGACCCUUGCUACACAAAAAUAAAACACGCGCAUUGUCAAAAAGAAGAGAGUGCAGUGCGCACCCCUUACUGAUCGUGGACGGAGCAGGCAAAACAACCCAACAAGUCCAGAACCUCUGUCCGGCCUGUCCGUCCCUUCGAGAACAACACUUGUUCACGACCACGACUCUUCCCGCCGGGGCCCCGGGCUGCUCGUCCCUGGGCGUGGAGCUCCGACGACGAUUUAUGUCACGGGUCUCUGCUCAUCACUUGAAAAAUGAAAAAUUCCACCACGGCUCCGUUGUUUUCCUUUGUCCUCCUCUGCCUUGCCUUCCUCCCCAAGAAUCGUGGGCACAGAGUGCCCACGCGGUCUCCACCUCGUCAAUGCUCCCCAAGAAAACCAGCCAGUGUCUUGCCGGGGAAGCCUUCUCCGGCCUAAAUAGCAACAUACUCUCUCCGGCUGUACGCAGCAAGCUAAUAAACCCCACGCCCCACCCGCGCGCAGGCAUGCCUCUCCCGCUCGGCGCCGACCACCUCGCCACGCCCGGCGCGGGCGCGGGCGCCGGCAUGGACGCGUCCCUCUCGCUGGCCGGUGCCGCUACCCACGGCCACGGCCAGUACUACCUCCCCCUCAACGAGAACGACUCCCUCGACAUGCUCCUCUUCGACGUCCUCCACGAGGCCUCCGCCCUGGCCGCCGCCCCGCCCUCCUCCACCCCUCCCCCGACGAAGACGGCGAGGGCCGUUGCCGCCGGUGGUACCGGCACGGCCGACGGCGGCGGGGCAGGCGCCGCCGGGAGGGCCGGGGAGGAGCGGCCGCACUACCGCGGGGUGAGGCGGCGGCCGUGGGGCAAGUACGCGGCGGAGAUCCGGGACCCGGCGCGGCACGGCGCGCGCCUGUGGCUCGGCACCUUCGGCACGGCCGAGGAGGCGGCCGUCGCCUACGACCGCGCCGCGUUCCGCCUGCGCGGCGCCAAGGCGCUGCUCAACUUCCCGACGUCCGUCGCGGCGGACGGGGCGCGCCGCGGCGGCGCCGAUGGGGCGAGGUGAACGCUGCGGCGGGGAGGUGAAUCCGUGACGCGUGCGUUCCUUCGCUCGCCGAUUGUUUCUUUCUCUUAUAUUAUUAUAUUAGCGGUGCGUGGUCAGUUUCUUAGUUAGGCAUCCGACAUUGAAUUCCAUUCUGUAACCGUUCAUGCGUGGUGGGUCAAUUUGCGUUUGGUGGGUAAUCGUCUCUAGCUUCGGGCAAAGGCACAAGAUGCUAUUUUGGUGAUUUCUCUACGGUUAUCAACCUGUCAAUUGACAAUUGUACAGCAGUAGUACUAGUAUACAGCUUCAUGAAGAUAGUUGAGGGGACGAAGAAGAUAA